CAAUGGCCUCUCUCUCCAUAACUAUUGAUGACAGUUUGCCUUAUAAAUAGCUUAUAAUCUGGGUAGUCAUCCAUCACUGGUUCCCAAAUAAACCAAUAUGACAAUUUUCAGCACCAAUUCUACUCUAUCUUUAGCCUCCAAAGUGCGCAUAGAAUCUAUGCAGACUGUGGUUCCAAUCAAGCCAACUGAUCCAAUAAACUCAGGCAGAAUAUCAGUUUCUCCACAGAAUCUUGAUUCCAGCAUUUUAGGAAGGCGUUUUCACGUUAUUUUGUGCUAUAACAAAGCCUCGGAUGAGGACUCCGGGUGGUUAAUGGCAGGUUGGAUUAAGGAAUCACUUAGCAUUGCACUGUGUGAACUGCCAAUUCUUGCUGGGAGACUCCGAGUACAAGAUUCCGAAGACGGCGAUCGAGACUUACAAAUAAUUUUGAAUGAUUCCGGUGUUCGAUUGGUCGAGGCCAGAGUUGAAAUGAAGUUGGCUGAUUUUCUUGAUUUGGAGGAGAAAAAAGAAGCACAAGGUGAAGUUGUGUUUUGGGAGGAUGUUCUUGAGCAGAACCAGCUUCAGUUCUCUCCACUAUUUUAUGUCCAGGUCACAAACUUCAGUUGUGGUGGAUACUCAAUUGGGAUAAGUUGCAGCCUUCUUCUAGCGGAUCCUUUUGCCUUGACAGGCUUCCUCAAGAGAUGGGCUAAUGAACACAAUUCUUUACUCUCAAAACUUGAUGCGCCGAAGACGCCCUUAUGUUACCUUCCCAAAUUAAGAAAUCUCGGCAGUUCUAAAGCUCUUUUAAGGUCAUAAACACAAACAAGUACCCUGCACAAAGUUUCAUUUUCAACAUUCCUACAAAGAUUUUGAAUUUGGACAAAAAUGUUUACAAGAAUCUUGCUGCACUAUGUAUUGAUGAAGCUGAGCGCAAAAAGGGAAGAAAAAUGGGCUCUAAAUUCUCUUUAUUUGUGAAGAAACCUUGUGAAUUUCUGAAGGUGGAAAUCUGUUCGAUGGAAUGUCUCGAUGAGAAAACAUUUUGCACCAUGAAUGGAUUAACUUGUGCAGGAUGGGAUAAUGUGCUGGGGACCAACGAAACAUGGUUCAAUGAAGCGAACAUGCCUACAUAUGUUUCGUGCUGGAUCAAUUCAAUGUCUGAUGAAGGCUCUGUUAUGAUAAUUGUAGCAGAUGAUGAGGAAACUUCUGCUAUGCAAAUCAUAGUCACUUUCCCUGAUUAGUUACCAGACAGAAGAGGUGUUUUCUUCGGUCUUGAUUAAUAGAAAAGGAGUUGUGCUUGGGUACAUAAUUUUGGAUUCAUAAUAGUUUCCAUACAUUCACAUGGGAUGACGGCCACUCUCACAUGGGCCUCACCUCAUGUGAGUGUAUGAACACCCUUGUGGACCUAAAAUUAUGUACCAAUAGGUUUAUCUAUAUAAAGGGUCUUGUUUAUUAUGAAUGAAAGACUUUGUAUCUUAAUAAAAACUCAUUUAUUUUUAAUUGAUCAA